CUUAAAAACCGCGCUCUUUCUCUCUCUUCAGGCAACACGAAACACGCACAUUUUCUUCUCUCUCGACGAAUUUGAAUAAUGGCGAUGCAGGCUUUCAAGUCCGAAGAACAGAGCCAGUUGCAGCUUGUUGAAAGAGAAGAGAUCGACGAUGAAGAAGACUUGUUCGAAGCCAUUGACAAACUGACAGCUCAUGGAAUAAAUGCUGGUGAUGUCAAGAAGCUUCAGGAUGCCGGGAUCUAUACCUGCAAUGGAUUGAUGAUGCAAACAAAGAAGAGCUUGACUGGAAUAAAGGGAUUAUCUGAGGCGAAAGUUGACAAGAUUUGUGAAGCUGCUGAAAAGAUAGUGAACUUUGGUUACAUAACUGGAAGUGAUGCUCUUCUUAAAAGGAAAGCUGUGGUUCGUAUUACAACUGGAAGUCAGGCACUAGAUGAACUGUUAGGGGGUGGAGUUGAAACAUCAGCAAUUACUGAAGCUUUUGGUGAAUUCAGAUCAGGAAAGACACAGCUUGCUCACACACUCUGCGUCUCCACACAGCUUCCUGUUAACAUGAGAGGUGGCAAUGGAAAGGUUGCUUACAUUGAUACUGAGGGGACUUUUCGACCUGAUCGCAUUGUGCCAAUUGCUGAAAGGUUUGGCAUGGAUCCAGGAGCUGUACUAGACAACAUCAUUUAUGCUCGUGCAUACACGUAUGAGCAUCAGUACAAUCUGCUUCUGGGUCUUGCUGCCAAAAUGGCUGAAGAGCCUUUCAGGCUUCUGAUUGUUGAUUCGGUGAUUGCUCUAUUUCGAGUUGAUUUUACUGGAAGAGGAGAAUUGGCAGACCGACAGCAAAAGUUGGCUCAGAUGCUCUCUAGGUUAACAAAGAUUGCUGAGGAGUUUAAUGUUGCAGUAUACAUGACCAACCAAGUUAUAGCAGAUCCUGGAGGAGGUGUCUUCAUAUCUGAUCCAAAGAAACCAGCAGGAGGACAUGUGCUUGCUCAUGCGUCCACAAUACGGUUAAUGUUCAGGAAGGGUAAAGGCGAACAGCGUGUCUGCAAAGUCUUUGAUGCACCAAAUCUUCCUGAAGCUGAAGCUGUCUUUCAGAUAACUCCAGGAGGCAUUGCAGAUGCAAAGGAUUAGAAGAUAUCCAAUUUCUUUUCUGCAGCUUGGAAGUGGAAAUGUUCAUCACGUUAUGUUUUAUUGUUUAAGUUUGAUCUUCAUCCUGUACAAAGUGGCACAAUGUGACUGGGACAAGUGUACAUCCGUUACUCAUUGCAAUUAUGUUGUGGUAUUUUGCCUAACACAACUUACUCGUUGCACUCGACCAUGUUC